AUGCACCAAACGAAGCCGGGGAAUUGCUUGGAAUGGCUUCCGUGGAAGUCUUUGGUUUCUGAAGAAAAUUGGAACCGAGCUCAGGAGGCCAAGGUCUCCAAGACCUUCAAGCCUGGCUCAGCUUUGCUUGCUUCAGCGUUAGUGGAAGAUGUCCCUGAACUCGAUGAUAUCCAAGGCAACCCCUUCUUUUUGUCUCGGGUUUUGGAAGUGCGCCGCAAUGCUUACGUGCUUGUAGGUAUUGCGCACCUAGGCGCAUGGAAAGAAACUGAUUCCAAGGUCAUGGACCAUUAUACAAAGACAUACUCUGAAUCGAGUGGCCUGCGACCACCCAGCCUGCAGGAGUUUUUGCAAUGUGACCGGAAACUUUGGGAAACGAUUUUUCAUUUAGUCAAUGCUGAGCAAUGGGAGCUCAACCAAGCGCUCCUUGAAGUGAGCCGAGUCCGCUCCGACAUCCCAACCUUGUUCAUGCCUCGGCCACGUGCCCUCUCAAUUUCCAAGGGUGGCAAAUCCAAGGGGAAGCUGGCCUGGCGGCCGAACCCCUGUGACAAACCAGCUGGUAAGGGCAAAACGAAGGGCAAAGGCGGAAAAGCUGACUCUGCGAAAGCACCUGCUUGGCCUGACCACUGGGCUAAGACUUUGAUUACCCCUGACGGUGCUUCGCAAGAAGUUUGCAAACGGCGUGUACCUGACGAGCCAGCUGCAGACCCAGUGUCUGAUAGUGAGUCUGCUUCGUCAGGCGAUUCGUUUCACGAACGCCAGUGCUGUGGGUCCAGCAAUGACCGCGAAUCCUAUCAAAGCAAUUUGCGAGAGCUUCCAGCCCCACUGCCAGGCCACAAAUUUUUCCUUGAAUUUUUUUCUGGUGCCCCGCACCCAGUCACAACAGCGGUGGCAUCCCUCCGAUGUCAGUGUCUACAACCGUUGGACACCUCUUUAGGAGACAGAAUUCAUGACCUCCUGGACAGCGAUACUUUCCAUGCUUUGACAAAGCUGGUAACAUCAGGUUUGCUCGCUUUCAUGUGGGUUGCACCUCCAUGCCUUCCAGAUCAAGAGAGUUUCAGCAUUUUGCAAGGAACUUUAUCCCUGAUGGAAUUGGCAUUUCUUAACGGAGCGCAUGUGGCAUUUGCACAGCCGUCCAAUGCAAUAUCGUGGCAACAGCCGUUGCUCCACGAAUGGCUCCACCGAAUCCCGCACCACAUGAUUUCAGUUGCACAGUGUCAAUACGUGCCGCUGGGCCAAGCUACUGUUCAAUCAUGGCAAGUUGCCACGACCUGUUCUUUGCUCCUUGAAACGCAAUCCCAAUGCCUUCAUCAUGAGAUGCACCCACCGAUACAAGUUCAGCGGCACCCCCGUUCAGGAUCCGUUAGCUUUCCUGAACAUCUAUGUUUGGAAAUCGCCUUGGCCUUGCAGCCUUUGUUUGCUCAACAUGAAGAGGGACCAGUGCUUACGCCAUGGGGCGUGGCCAUGCAAGAACUUCCGCUGCGCCUCCCUUCCAAAGCAAGCGACAAAAAAUUUAUGGUGGCUGAUGGUGGGGGUGUCGAUAGCACAGGCGAUUGGACAGUUCCACAUGCUCCAGACUACUUGGCUGACCUGCGGCGGGCAUGGCUUUUAUAUGGUCUCCGCAACAAGAUUUUACCAAGAAUUUCAAUUUCCAGGCCAACCAAUUUUGAAACCUUGCUUUCGGCAGAAGAAGUAGCUGACCUUUCUUCAAUUUUUCAACGUUUUGCUCACGAUUUCAACAUUGACCCAAGCACGGAGGUUGCCCAGGAUCAACCCUUUCGAUUGGAGUUCUUCUCUGCAUUUAAUCAGAUCACCAGGGACGUUGAUGCAGUGCUCCCUUCCUUGCUGCGGGAUGGGGUGUCUACUGGCGUCCAGGCUAGCAUUCCACCAAGCCAGGUUUGGAUCCAACAUGUACCAUCAGUGGAUUUGGCUUCACAGCUGGUGUCUCAUUUUGACAAUUGGGGGUCAGCUACAGAUCACCCCGACAUAGUGGCGCAACUUCUUCAACAGGAGCUGGACGACCAAUUUGUGGAAUGCUUGGGCUUCACCACUGACCUGGACCCGGAAAUGCGACAAAAACUUGUGUUUGGAAAGCUAGGCGUCGCUUUUAGCGACAAUCGCAAGCCCAGUCUGGUUUUAGACACCACCAUCAGCGGGGUAAACCCCCGCACUAGCAUCCAAGAGAAGGUUUUCUACCCAACUGUGGCUGAUGUCCGUGAGACUUUUAGCGCGCAGCCGGAACGGCAACAAUAUCUGGGUUUCCUGGUGGACAUUCGAGCUGCCCACAAAUGCAUCAAAGUGAAGCCCAGUGAAAGAGGACUUGCGGCCUUCACCUGGCAAGGCAAAGCAUACCGGUACAAGACGUGGAUGACCCGCGCGCAGGUCGAAAGCUUUCUGGCAAAGGUCACCAGCGAUGACUCUUUGACGCUUGGCGUAAAUAUGCCGCCCUUUUCGGCGGGCUGCCGCAUUCUGAAGCUGGGCCAAUUUGCAGUGACAACAAAAACCCAAGCGUUGCACGCCUUGCGCACCUUUACAGCAGGCUGGAUUUUGAUGUUUGAUGUGCGCUCCAAACGGGUCAAGCUCUCGGACAGAUCUCAUCAGCUUGUAGUUUUCCUGCAGCAAGCCAUUUCCCAUAGCCCGUUGCGGGUCAACCUUCGGCUGCCGUCAACGGCCACGUUCCCGAUGGCAGCAGAUGCGAUGGCCACCGAACGUGCCGUGGGCAUUGGCGCUUGGUUUCAGCAUCCAGUGAGUUCCCAGAUUUUUUGGACAGCGCUUCAUUUUGAUAUUUUUGAUUUUCCAAUUCAGGAUUGGGUGGCAGGGCGAACAGCUCAAUCCCUCAUAGCUUCCUGGGAGAUGUUGGCGCAAAUAGUGUUGGUGCAUUUGAUAGCUAGCAUUCUGGGACAUUUGCGGCUUCCGCUGAAGUUGGCCCCAUUGAGUGACAAUAAUGCCUCGCUAGCAGCUGGCAACAAGCUCUUCACCACUUCAUUUCCUUUGAGUGAGUUCACUAAACUGUUGACGUGGCAUCUCCACCGUCAUCACCUUCAUGUUUCCCUUGACCGUGUGAGUUCUGAAGAUAAUGUCAUUGCAGAUUCUCUCAGCCGAAAUCAAUUCGAUAUUUUACAAAAUCUCAGAAACGCACGUAUUGUGGUCACGCUGGCCGACAUCUGCUGGCCCAUGCUGUCCACCCAAGGCGCCGAGGGGUUUCGGGGUUGGACACGUGCAACGCGGUGGGAGAUAUAA